AUGGCGGCGCGCAGAGCUGAGUUUCCCCCUGGAUCCUCUCUGUGGUUUAUAAAUGUAUUUUUCACUUUUUUCUUCCACAUUCUGCUCCUAAAUUGCAGUCCAGCCCACGGCCUGCAGUGGGACCCGAGCGGAUACGUGCUGUACUGCCCCUGCAUGGGGCGCUUUGGGAACCAGGCUGACCACUUCCUGGGUUCUCUGGCUUUUGCAAAGAUGUUGAACAGAACUUUGGCUGUCCCUCCGUGGAUCAUCUACCGCCACCACACUCCUCCAUACACCAAUGCGCAUGUCCCGUACAGCGACUUCUUCCGGCUGGAGGCUUUGUCUGAAUUUCACCGUGUGGUCAGUCUGGAGGAGUUCAUGGACAAACUGGCCCCUGAGAACUGGCCCCGGGGCCAAAGGAAAGCCUACUGUUACGAGAGCGCAGCACAGCGGAGCGAAGACAAGAAGAGCUGCCCAAUGAAGGAUGGAAACCCCUUUGGCCCGUUCUGGAACCAUGUGGGAGUGGACUUUGACGAGUCGGUUCUGUUUGGAGGGAUUUCCUUCAGCUCCUACCACCAGCAGCAGUGGGUGGACAAGUUUCCCGCGGCCUCUCACCCAGUCCUGGCUUUCCCCGGUGCCCCCGCUCAGUUCCCGGUUUCCCAUGAGCACUUGGGUCUGCAGAGGUUUGUGGUGUGGUCUGAGAGGAUGGAGGAGGAGGGAGAGAGGAGCAUCCAGACGCACCUGCUGAGGCCCUACGUGGGAGUGCACCUGCGCAUCGGAUCUGACUGGCAAAAUGCGUGUAAGCUGCUGGACAGUGGGGACACGGGGCCACACUUCAUGGCCUCUCCGCAGUGUGUGGGCUACGACCGACAGAGGGCACUGCCGCUCACCUCGCCCAUGUGCUUACCCACGCUGCCUCACAUCCUGCGCGCCCUCAAACUGUGGGUGAAGAAGACGGCGGCCCGCUCCGUCUACAUCGCCACAGACUCGCAAACGCACGCCAUGGACAUCAGCAAGGCCCUCAAGGGGAAGCGGAGAGUCCUGCGAAUCUACCCCGACAAACAUUCGCUUUUCACGGGGAAAAGUGCGUGGACAGGCCGCUCUUGUGCACAGCCACACACUGUGGGCGUCAGGAUGGGCGGGGCUGUGAGUGCGGGCGAGGACAAUGAUGACCUGAUCGAUAACCUGAAGGAGGCGUACUACAUCCGCUCGGAGCUGGUGGAGCGCGCCUUCAGAGCCAUCGACCGUGCGGAGUACUACCUGGACGACUACAGGGAAAACGCAUACAAGGACUUGGCCUGGAGAAACGGGAACAUCCACCUUUCUGCUCCGUGCAUUUACUCAGAGGUGAUGGAGGCUCUGGACCUGCACCCAGGCCUGUCCUUCCUGAACCUGGGCAGUGGUACGGGUUACCUCAGCACCAUGGUGGGCCUCAUCCUGGGUCCGUUUGGUGUGAACCAUGGAAUAGAACUCCAUGCAGAUGUGACCGAGUACGCUUACCAGAAACUGGAGCGCUUCAUCAAGACGUGUGACAGCUUUGACAGGUUUGAGUUCUGCGAGCCCUCCUUCGUGGUGGGGAACUGCCUGGAGAUCCCCCCGGACACGCGGCAGUAUGACCGUGUUUACUGUGGGGCUGGGGUCCAGAGGGAACAUGAGGAGUACAUGAAGAACCUGCUGAAGGUCGGAGGAGUGCUGGUGCUGCCGCUGGAGGAGAAGCUCACAAAGAUUACUCGUACUGGGACAAACAGCUGGGAGACCAAAAAGAUCAUCUCCGUGUCCUUUGCUCCGCUGGUCCAACCCAAACACAACAGUGGACGAGCACGAAGCGUGCCUCUGCCCCAGUUUGAGCUGCGCUCUCUCCAGGACCUGUCUCGCCUCUGUAUCCGCCACGCACUCAGAGUGUGCCCAGCCCCCCACACGCCCUCGCGGGCCCGGGGCAGCUCUUCCUUUGGUGUGACUCGUGGUCUGGCGGGGGUCGGUUUACACAAAUACGGCUCACGAUUCAAACGGCGCAGAAUUCACAGACGUCACUGUAACGCCCUGGUCCUCGCCUCCAGACAGGCGGUCAACGGCAUAAGCUCAGUUCCUACGUCUUUAGACGGUAACAACAACCGGGGCCCUGAAGAAGAGGAGGAGGUGUCUGGGGAAGGGGAGAGAGGAUCCUCAGUCUGCCCCUGCCUGAGCCGCUCAAGAGCUACCUGCUGUACUACAGAGAGAAGUGACACACACACAGCUGGUAUGUGGCCGUCCCUUAAACUCGCUCCUGCUGUGGACCAAGGCGCUCCCCCUUCAGGACUGUGGAGGCAUUGCACGGUCACAGCCCUGCCCCCUACCUGUGAGAGGCAGGACUGUACCUCCGAGCCCACGCCGCCCCGUCCCAUCUGA